UGUUGGUCAACGGCUCCAGUAUGGUUCCACUCCCAACAUGCUGCGAGAAUUGAUGAAGAGUCUCCAGUGAUUCUCUGACAGAAGCCAUUGCCUCAGUCUGACGUUCCCUCUGCCCGUGAUAAGCCUCUCGAGCGAGCACUGAUAAAACGACCAACCAUAUCUCGGACUCCCCACAGUACUGCCGGUCAUUAUGAAGCUGCCUACCGCCGAGCUACCAUAACGUGUUCAGGUGACAAUGGAUUGGCAUUGGGAAGCUCUUGGAGUUUAGCCACGGAACCAAGUCUAUCCAUUGCGACUACAGUCAGCAACAAGCACAGCUUAGGCCAAUCGAUGGUCUGUGCGACUGGCGCAGGGAUGAUACAUGUAGUCUAGGCAUGCAAACGUAAACUGACACGGACCAAGGCGACAAAUGAAUUUUGUAUGCUUCAGGUUUUAAGUGCGAUACCGGUUAUUAGGCUGGUCAAUACCAGGUUUGCUGCAAAUGGCCACGUGGUUGAUAGAUUAUUGGAUUGUUCUAAGGAGUUAUCAACAAGUGGAUCUUCCAGACGCAACAGAUUAAAUCCCGUAGCGGCUCUCGAACCUCCACCUGGGCACGUUUCCGAUAACGGAGACAAGUCGGAUAACACUUAUCGGAGUAAUUCCAGUAAAGGCGUGUCCUGGGACCUACUUCUAGUCUUCCAGUGUGGCCUACAAUAGUCAGACUAGAGUGAACGUUCAAACAAGUGUGUUCCUCGCUAAUAGCUAAUCACUGGUUCCGGUGGAAGUAGGUACAUUAUUCUGGAUAUAGAAUUACUGGGCUUUUUCUGGACUCUGAACAUAAGGUUUGUAAUAUGUAAACUCUUUAUCUCGAAAUCCCUGUCGCAUUAAUAUUUGUUUGAAAGAUGAAUAAAUUCAGUGUUUCGUAAAGGAUAACGCGUCUGCGACCUCGUGGAUUCGUGCGACAGUAAUUGCAUGAUUCACGAAACUCCCUAUGACAGUGAAAAAUACGCCAGAACUAAAUGGUAGUUAUUAUUGAUGUUUUUACUCUGGUACUGUGAUCGCGUGUGAUUAUAUCUGGCAUCUAAGACAGACCUGGUGAUUCAGGUGAGACUGGAAGCCUUGUAAUGGUCACGUCAUAGAAAUGGAAGUCCAUAGCUGGCUUGGAUGUGUGAAGGGUCACUUCAUUGAGAGAUCGCUGAAUACCACGACAAAAGGAAAUGAGAUGUGAGAGGACAAUAGCCAUUGCUGGAUCCGAUACGCCUGUAUAGAAGCUAAGCAUAAUCACUGACAGAGAUUGUAGGGAUGUUUGGUGAGUUACCAUGGAAACCUAAACGCUUCCCAUCCGACGUUAUUCAACAGGUUGUUCAAUUCAAGCAUUUCAACGAAGCCCGAAGAACGUUGUGGAUUAUGUUACAGAUCUACAGAUAACACGUGAAAAUGAAAUGCAUGUUGGAGUUUUGAAAUCUAUUCCACUAUUGGCACGCAUUGUGCGGAGUAACAACGAUAGUGAGUGCUGCUAUAUAUUAGUUAUCGCCUCCAGUGGUCGAGCAAUCAAUGCGUUAGCUGUGAUUGCAUGCGAGGAAGUCUGUAUUUGACUCGGAACGUUGGUAACGCUCCCGUUGUGUGGAAAUGUAUGCGACAUCACAAACCUGUCUAACUCACGGUCUUUGUGAUGGAAAAUGGCAGUAACUGUUUCAACGGCAGUUCAAAUCAUCCUCAUACUGCUUGGCCUUUCAUCCAUCGCGAGAGGGAAAUCGUCCAAAAAGUUCAUUCUGCCUGGUCCCGACUGCAACCAGGAUAUCAACGAUAUAGAAGGCGCGGAAGUCGUGGGCAAGGGGACCACGGCCUACAUGGACAGGUGUGAGGUCAAUCUGUCCACGGGGAGCACUGACCACUGGAUGUUCCAUGCCUCCGACAUGUCAUUGAUGAGCUGUCUGGUCUCCGUGAAGCUGUAUGACAGGAGGAGCGCAUCGUCACAUCCCUUGUUUCACUUCCGGUGCGCUAGUCCCGACCCUGGCAUCGUGAGGAUGAACACAUCCUUCGUGAGGCUGGUCCUCAAACACAAUAACAGAACAAACUUCCAUUUCAAGAUAACAUUCACGGCUCGGAAGCCUGCUCAUAAAUGUGAUGACUUUUUGUGCCAGAACAAGUAUUGCAUAUCAAAGGAUUUACUAUGUGAUGGGACAAAUAAUUGUUUUGAUCGCUCCGAUGAGUCAGAGAAUUCAACUGCUUAUUGUAUAAAAUACGAUCCCUUUCCGGGUGAAAACUUUGCAGUACUCAUAUCAGUUGUUGGGGGCAGUAUUGUCAUGGGUAUCAUUGCCUUUUGUUGUCGAAUGCUGAGGCGGCGGAGACAGCAACACUAUCUGGAGGAAGAUAUGGAUGAUUUUGCAAAUGGACCUUAUGUAAAAAAAUAUGCGUAUAUGUAUGCUGUUAUACGACCUCAGCAACGUACACGGAGGAAUCAACAUCGAUCUCGGUCCAAACUGAGACACGUUGACCAUUCUGUUGAUGAGCCGGAGUUUUGACGCCAGUGCAUAUCCACCUCUGCCAAAUGGCUUGGCGUUUCUAGGAGAACUAUUAAAGUCGUCUUGCCUUAUUUGUGAUCUACCUCGAAUUCCAAGGAAGGAGCAUUACGCUUUCUUAUUCACAUUUCCACACUUUCCAUGACGGGCAACACUGUUUCGCUCAUCUAAAUUAUUACCGUGGUUCAUAUAAGUUGGUUCAUUGUGAUGCUCGGGUGCAGUCAUUUCGAAAUGCGAUGAAGAAAUUAUAACGAGACUAACUUGCAUUUGUUUUUUCAUCGUUUUUAAAGAGCAUGAAAUAUGUAGAUUCUCUCCUUCAAGUGGCUGUAGAUGAGGACAGAAACAUAUUUACCGGAACUUUAACAAAGUAAUACUUUUACCAACCGGCAAUAAUGUAUAGCGUGUGUACUUCAAUACAUACUUUGCAUAGGUAUACGUUACAACCAAUUGUCCUGUGUUUUGUAUAGCAUUAAGUCUUAAACAAACUUUAGAAAACUUGCACAGUGUUGUAUAAAUAUAUGUGGUUCACUGGAAAAUCGAAAAGCAGAAAUGAUAAUGAAGUGUUCGUUUCCCGCGUCGAGGGCACAAAAAAACGGUAGCCACAUCUUUUAGGGAAGUCCUUAAUCAAUGAAGCAUUGCAUUUUUGCAAUGACACAUUGGUGGCUUUA